UUAUUUUCUCUCCCAUCCCGGACGAUGCCAGAGCUGCAGCUGCCAGGGGUGGAGGCGGCAAGAGUAUCAUGGAGGCUCUGCUAGAGAAACUGCGGGCAGGGUUUCCCGCAAGGUUUCGUCAAAUUGCGCCGCUGCGAAAGCCCAAAGCUACCCAUUCCCAGCACCGCCCUCCGGAAGCGCAAGCCUCGCUCUACGUCCACUGGCCUUACUGUGAGAAACGCUGCAGUUACUGCAACUUCAACAAAUAUAUUCCCCGAAAUCUGGAUGAGCUAAGAAUGAAGAACUGUCUCAUUCAAGAGGCCCAGACUUUGAUCCAGCUAAGCGAAGUUCAGAGAAUCACUUCAGUAUACUUUGGUGGGGGAACACCAAGCUUAGCCAGCCCACUCACCAUUAAUGCUAUCCUGGACACUGUCUCCCACUGCGCACAUUUAGCAGAAGGUGCUGAAGUUACUUUGGAAGCAAACCCCGCUUCAGCAGACGCCCUCCGCCUUUCUGAGUUCCAGAAAGCUGGUGUGAACCGGCUCUCCAUUGGUAUUCAGUCAUUUGACAAUGCAGAACUCGAGCUUCUUGGAAGGACCCACACAGCUUGUGAUGCUUUGAGGACUUUAGAAGAAGCCAAGAAACUCUUUCCAGGGCGUACAUCUAUUGACUUAAUAUUUGGACUCCCAGGGCAGACUGUUGCUUCCUGGAUCCAGGGUUUGGAGAAAGCGCUUGCAGUAUGUGAUGACCAUAUAUCCCUUUACCAGUUGACUCUGGAAAGAGGCACAUCUCUCUUCAAGCAGGUCCAUCAGGGCUUUCUGCCCACAACCAACGUGGACAUAGUAUCAGAGAUGUAUGAGUGUGCACGACAUGUUCUACAAAAUUCAGGUUUUCACCAGUAUGAAGUCUCCAAUUUUUCAAAGAAUGGGGCAUUUAGUACUCACAACCUCUCCUAUUGGCAAGGGAGCCAAUAUAUUGGCAUUGGACCAGGAGCCCAUGGGCGAUUUGUACUACGGGGAGAUGGUAAGACCCAUCGAGAGGCAAGAAUACAGACUUUGGAACCGGAUAUAUGGAUGAAAGAAGUAUUGGCCUUUGGGCAUGGGACUCGGAAACAGACUCCACUCAGGGAACUGGAUAUACUGGAGGAGGUUUUGAUACUGGGACUCCGUAUGGAUAUAGGAAUCACACACCAGCACUGGUUGCAGUUUGCCCCCAGUCUCAGUCUGUGGGAUGUGUUUGGUAAAGCAGAGGAAGUUAAAGGGCUGGAAGAGUAUGGAUUGCUUUUUCUGGACGACAGGGGACUUAGGUGUUCUUGGAAGGGCCUGGCUGUGCUUGAUUCUCUCCUGCUGAUACUCCUGAAGCAGCUCCAACAGACCUGGAUGGAAAGGGAAAAGGGAGCGUGAACUAGCCAAUAUAAUUUUCAUAUUGGAAGUUAACGAGCUUUCAGAGAUGGUUUAUAGUCUGGAAAAUUGUUCCAAUGCAAAGGUGACAUCCCAAGAAAUGAAUGGGUCUUCAGUGAAGCCAAUGAGCUGAUUGUGUUAUCAAGCUGUUGGAUGCAGGGUUUGCUCUGAACUAAACAAUUACUGCAUCCCUGGCUUUUGUCUCUCUAUACUAGGAUGAAAAAUGAUCUAUUAUUCUAGUGUCAUUGUGGUUUGUACUGAAAAUAAAUGAAGCAUGAAAUAUCUUUACGCUGCAUAAAUAAAUGGAUUAUACAGGAACUGGUUUUCAUUAACUAGAAUCUUCCACUAUUGUAAGUACUAAAUAAAGGAAUGUUCCUGAGGGAAGAAUUGACCGUGAAAAUAAUAAAAGAUUUGUAUAUUGUAAA